UCUUGUGUUCCCAGUGAUCAACGGGUUAGGGAGGAGUCACACCGGUGGGAAAGCCCUGCCUUACAGGAGUCGCCCCGCUUCUUCCUCAUUCACCGCGCUGUACUGUGCCGUAGUGGCGGCGGCUCCGGAGGUUCACACGCCGCGAGUGAAGCGCUCAACCCGGGCGCUGGAGUACGAGCUGCCUCGUCUCGACUGUGUGUUCACCGGCUGGCGGUUGAGGGGCUGCGCACCGGGGGAGGGUUUGGGUGGAGUUGUUACCCGCUCUGAGGAAUGUGACGCACGGACGAAAGGAGAGACGCACACCGGCGGUUUCACUGGAGAAAGCGACACCCGUCGGUAAAAGGAAAAAAAGGAGGAGGCAAGUUCUGCAGCAAAGUUAGGAGGUUCAAAUUCCUCCUCCCUCACCUCUCCUCAUCCCUGAUCCUUCACCUUUGACCCCACUCAUCUCUCCAACCAUGGCGCACCGAUCUCAGAGUUCAUCGAUUGGUGAUAACCCCCUUGACCCAAACUACCUGCCCCCACACUACCGUGAGGAGUACCGUCUGGCUAUUGAUGCUCUGAUAGAAAAUGACAUACAGGGCUACUAUGAGUUCCUUCAGACCGCAGAUGUGGUCAGUUUCCUGGCACAGUCGGAAAUUGAAUUUAUCAAGUCCACAAUCCAGAUGCCCAGUCACGCUUCCAGCAUGCCAGAGCUUACGUAUCUUGAAGGAGUUCAUGAUGUUGAUGGCUCCUCAGACACCUACUGGCCGGUGCAGUCUGACCUGGCCGCCCCGGGGCUGGACCUGGGCUGGCCACUGCCUCAGCACAGCUUUGUUGGGCCCACAGAGGUCACCACUCUGGUCAACCCCUCUGACCCAGACAUGCCAAGCAUCAAGGAGCAGGCCAGGAGACUCAUCAAGAAUGCACGUCAAGUUAUUGCUGUGGUGAUGGACAUGUUCACAGAUGUUGACAUUUUUGCUGACCUCUUGGAUGCAGCGGGACGCCAUGUUCCUGUUUACAUUCUACUGGAUGAGCAGGAAGCUCAUCACUUUGUGUCUAUGGUCAUCAACUGCAAAGUCAACUUGGACUUAAUUCCUAUGAUGCGUGUCAGGACUGUGGCAGGAAUAACCUAUUACUCCCGCACAGGGAGGUCAUUUAAGGGACAGGUGAAAGAUCGUUUUCUGCUGGCUGACUGCAGGGCUGUACUCAGUGGGAACUACAGUUUCAUGUGGUCCUAUGAGAAGAUCCACCGUUGCAUCGCCCACCUCUUUCUCGGGGAGCUGGUUGCCACCUUUGAUGAAGAGUUUCGCAUUCUGUUUGCUCAGUCAGAGCCUCUAGUCAUUGACCCUUCAGAUGGAGCACUUGCUAUAUCUGACACCAGCAACACCAGCAGUUACUUAAGCAGCCAGUUUGGUUUGAAGAGGACCCAGUCUUUGCGUAACCCCAUAAAUUACCGAAGGCAGCCUGAGCUUCCCUCUGCCUUUCCCUAUGGAGACUCUGAUCGUAAUCUUGCACUUCCUUUCCGGAGGAACGACCCAUUUCGUCACACCAUUGAACCUGGGGCUGGAAUUACAAUUGGGAAGUAUUCCCAGCAACAGUUUCGUCUGCAGCAGUCCUUCCUGGAGCAGGGUAGAUCCAUUGUGUCCAGGCAGAUGGAGAUGACUUCCAGUGCAUUCAAGAGGCACAGCUAUGCAGAGGGAACCCAGGAAAACUACACAUCUUCGAGACAAUACAUGAAGCACAGAGUCAUGAAUAAUCUGGACGAGACAGACUUACACAGGGAGCAAACCCAAACUAGCCACUACUACAGUGAAGGGCCUGGGCCUGGUUCUGGCCAUGGACACUACGACAGACUUCGAGGUCAUCCUCCACACCUCUCCAUUGACCAAUACUCAGACUCAAGCUUUCGCUCAGAUCUGGAACCUCCUCCUGGAAACUAUGGCCGAGACUACUUUUCAUCUGAGGACUUGAGAGGACCUGAUGGGCAGCAGGCACCCCCAUUAGCUGGGAGAUAUGGAGGAGGUUCCUCCCAUAAGAGGCCAACCAUAGGUCAGGCAUAUGCCUGCCAGAGCUCACCCACGCAGCCUCAUCCACCAGAGAAGAAACAGUUUCUCAAACAAUCUGAUCAAGAGCACGAUCAAGAUGCAAGUGUUAAGCAGGGCCUGAGGAGUUGGAGAAUCCACUCCUAUCUUAGCACAUGUGAGGAUGGUGGAGAAGAGGGUCUGCCUCAGCCUAUGGGGCCUGAUGCAUUUGAAGAUACUCCACCAUCUCAGCAACCUUCUGCUACUGAAAUUUUGGCUCCUCGCUUUGGAAUAAAGGACCCACCUAAUGUUCCCCCAAAGCCCAGACCAGAUGUCCUGAGACCACGCUUUGGAAAGCCCAAAUUACCUGAGAGCAGCAAUACAGACUCUGUCAGUGACUUUAAGUCGUUCGCACUGAAUAAGAAAGAGAGGGAGGUGGAGAGGGAAAGGGAGAGAGAACCAGACAGGUGUGCAGCAAAGGAGGCAGGUGUGGAUAAGGAGGUAAAAGACACUCCAGAUCUCCUCCUGUCCAAACAUGAAUCAUUCCGCACACGUAUUAAUCCUCUCCUUCAACGUAGCUCUCGUCUCCGUUCCUCGCUUAUAUUCUCAUCUUCCAAGGCAGAGAUACACAGUAGUAGUCUGGGAUUAAAACCAGCGACAGAAGAAGAUGAGGAGUUAGACACAGGGCGCACUUCCUCAAUUGUGGCCCAGAUUCUAGAAAAGAGGAGGUCAUUGUCCCGUGAGCCUUUUGAGUGGAGAAAGAAAGCUGAGGAAAAAGAUAAGGAGAAAGAAAAGGAAAAAGAGAAAGGAGAAAAAGAGAAGGAGAAAGAGUGCCAGCGAGAGGAAAAGGAGAUUCGAUUGAGAGAUGAGGCUAAAGCAAAAGAGGAACCUAAGAAAAUCGACGUGGAGAUAAAGACAACAACUGUUGAAAAACCUGAAGUCACAACAUCAUCAUCUCUGAACAUGAAUGACCCGGCCAGUCGACUCCAGUAUUUCAAAGAACUGGCUGCCAAGAGAAAAGCCUCAAAAAUGGAUACAGAGUCAUUGCAAAAAGCCCCAGAGCCUGCUGAAAAAAAGCCAGACCUUUCUGAGAAACCUGCUCUUGACACUACAACAAUCCCAAGUAUCCCAACUGUCUCUGUCAGUUCAGCAGAACCUGAACCAAAGAAGCCAGACAUUUCUGCAAAACUGGCAGAGCUCACUCGCAGAUCCUCACUUAGUUCUUCAAAACCACCAAUAAUCGCUACCAAGCCUGUGAGCUACCUGAAGCACUCUGAGACAUCUCAACCUCAUAAAGAGGAAAAUGCCUCAGAUGGUCAAAAGAGGGAUAUAUUAAAAUCUUUGAAGCCUCUUCCUUCACCUAAGCUCUUCAAGAGGGAUCAGCUGAAGCUCAAAGGACUGAAUCCUCGUCGCAUCUCCUGUGGCGAGGAGAUUCUGACCACAGACGCUACAGAUGCAGAGAAGAGUGAAAUGAAAAAGAGCCGCUCGCAGAGUUCUUCAACUCUGCCACAUGAUGACUCUAAGGAAGGACUCCAGAAAAUUAUGGGAUCUAAUACAUCCAUCAACACACUCGGUGAAGGAAAGGGUGAGGGUAAGACACUUGACUUCUUAAAGAAGCAGACUCAGCGGCUAAAGGGCUUCCUUGGGCCCAAGGAUAAAGAAAAGAAAUCUUCAGGAGACGACAAGGGCAUGAGCACAGUCAAAGAAAUCACUGAUGAUUCAAGCAAAAAGCAGAGUCCAUCAGCUAAAGAUACAAGCUCUACCACUACUGAACAAACUACAGCCAAUCACAAGACAUCAACGUCAGGCCCAUCCCGAUACCAGGCCCCAGGCAGCUCUGUUUUGUUCAGCAGCAACCUACGAGAUGACACCAAAGUCAUUCUAGAGCAGAUCUCAGCCAACAGCCAGAAGAACCGACUGGAGCGAGAAGAAACAGGAGGAGACAGUGACGGCGGGGAGAAGGGGGAGAAGGGGAACUCCAUAAAAAAGAAUCGGUUUCUGCGACCGACGGGUAACGUCCAGGAGCGGGAGGGAUUGCUGAAGAGGAUAGAGAGCCUGAGGAAGGAGAAGAAGGUGUACAGCCGCUUUGAGAUGGGGAAUAGCCUGGGAUAACGAAAGAUGGAGGAGCGACCUUUUAAAUGGAAACUAUUUAUGCAAGACGAUCAAAAAGAUCCAUUGUCCAUGUGUGCCAACAACACUAUCAAAGUACCUCUGUGGCUCAACACUGCAGCCUUUCCUGGAUUUUCACACAAAGUAAUAAAACUUGAAAAGACUAAAUAUAUAUAAAUAUAUAAAUGCUGAAAACAAACUUAAGUCAUUGAGUUUGGAAUGUGCCCAUUUGCCAAGACCUGGUACCACUUCUACCUUAUAUGGUGAGAGAAAGCAGAGUGACUACUUGUAUACUGGCUGCAUGGGCUGAUGUUUCACCAACCAGAAAGAGGUAGGGCAGUUUACCUAUAACUGAGCUUGUAUGAACGUGACUGAGGCAGUUAAGAGGAUAAGAGAAAGACAGUACAUGUUGCAGCCAGCGGAAAGAAACGAGAUACACGCCAGGCAAAAAACAUGGCAGUGAAUGACUGCACAUGUACAGUACCAGUGUUGUAUGUUUCUGCAUGUAGGUGUGUGUAAAUGGGAUGGGAGAAAGUGUUGCUGUGGAUUCACCAUGUGCCAAUGACCCACUGGGGGCAUUACCAAAGUGAGAGGGACUAUUAAAGCUGAGCCCAGAAAGAAAAGAUGACAAUAUGAAGAUAAAUAGAAUGAGAGCUGAUGAAGGGUGAAAUUUUAAGGGUGAGUCUGUGAAAUUGUAGGCAAAGCUAGGAAAAAUUUGAUUCAGAAAGUGAGAAAAACUGGUUUUAUAAUAUGUAAUUCUAAUGUUGAGCCAGUAGCAGUAGAGUUUUGAUUGAAAGUAGAGCCUCUAGUGAACUUCACCCUCUCAAGAGAGUGUUAUGUACCUUUCUAUUAAGGCGUGGACCCACUUCUCAGGGUUGAAAAUGUCAAGUAACCAUUCAAGACAGGGGGCCUAACAGCUUGCAUGGUUGGAGGAAGGGAGUUAAAUACAUAUAUGUGUACUAGUCUUUGUGUUAUGCAGCAUAAAUAAAAAUGUUAAGAAUUUACAGUUGAAGUACACCUGAACCCCAAUUUUUACAUGACUCAGAUAUGUUGCUUCCACUGGACUUAGUGGAUUAGUCAUCACUUCUUGCGAAAAGGAAAAGUAAAAGGAUAGGUGCAUUUUGUGUACUGGAGCAGGGCCAUGCCUCCUUACAUAAGGCAUUUAACUUCUGAGAACUACGCCCUGCCAGGACUUCUAACUCUUUUGUUGUCUGUAAACACUAUUAAACCAAAGAUUUUGUUAUAUGGUACAGUUCCCAGGCUGUUAGAGAGCUCGACUGGGCAUCAAACUAUUUAAUGUUUAGUAUGUUUUCUUACAGCACAUUAAAAGAUUGGAAGAUCUAUUGAUAUACGCAAACUUCAGGGGUUAUACUCUUUUCUAUGCAGGCUUAUAUUGUACAUAUUUAUAUUAAAAAGGGCUUGUUGAUAUUAUAAGUAACAAAUGCAAUUAUGAUAACCCUGACUGUACUAUCAACGUGCCUUAUGUCCGUUUUUGAUUAAUGUAAGUUGUCUGGUAUUGGCUGUAAAAAGUAAUUGGCAUUAAUUAGGGGAAAUCAGUUGCACAGGGUGAAUGUGUUUUUUAAACCUCAGAUAGUAUUACAUUGUAUUUGGAAUACUGCAGAAAGUGUUUUAUUAAAUUGCUUUAAAACCUGAA